AACUCUUUUGCUUUUAUUUAAAAAACCUUGUGUGGUAUUUGCUGCAUUUGUUCAGACCAGCAUCUUUACUACACUUGCAAAAAUGGGAUUUUUGGCUCUGGGUUUGGUCUUUUGUGCCUUUGUUUCUUUAAGCGAUUCUUACUGUUUCUUUUCCGCUCCAACAUUAGGAGCGAAACACUGUGUUGACGGUAAUGAUAAUUCAUUGCAUUUACCGGGAACUACCUGGACAAGCAGCGGAUGUCUCAGAUGUACAUGCUUCAAAAAUAAUGAUAUGAGAUGCUGUGACAGGAUGGGCAGGGCUUUUACCGAAACGGAAGGCUGCAUUGUGAAGUAUGAUUACAGAACCUGCACAUUUGAAGUUGUUCAUGAAAAAGACAGCACCAUUAAGUGUAAAUAUGGGGCCGUUGGAAAGUAAGUUCCAUUGAUUGAGAAUAUAAAGAUCCAAUUUCUUCAAAUAAGUGAUGUGUGUAAUCAUGCAAUGUUUAAUGUGUCCUGUUAACACAACCCUUCUGAAGAAACAAAACAAAAAACCUUACCCCAGCCUAAACUUAUUUGCUGGUAUUAGGUGGUCUCACAGCCUGGCCAGGCUAGUGUUUAACUUGUCAGCCAACUGGUCUCCUAACUUGACCAGCUUAAACAUAUCCAAAAACCCUCAGCUUAGGGGUUUUUUUUACAACAGGGAACAGAAAACAAUUACAUAGCUAAACAUUAAAUUUACACUGUCAUUACCUAAUCAAAUAGUUAUAAAAUAAUGUCUGAAACACACAUGUACUGUGUUAUUAAAGGAAUUGUUC